CGCGCCGCGGGGGAGCGCGGUGCCGGGGCGGCGCCGCGGCCGUGAGGGGAGCGAGUCUGUGCCGCGUUCCCCGCGGAUCCCGGGACGGGGCUGGCGCUGGGGUGGCGGCUGCUGGCUCUCGGCCUGCCCCUGGUCCUCGGCCUUAGUCCCUGGCAGGCGCUCUCUGCCACCCGUGCCCGGCUGGGAUAUGCACCUUCGCGCAGGAGGGAAGCAAAUGGAUCCCCUGCCCAAUCCCGCGCCCCUGGCCUCGAAGCUGCGGAACACGCUGGUUCGGUACCACAGCAUCGGAGACGGCGAGUGGCGGGUGGCGAAGAAAACCAAAGAUGCAACUAUCUGGCGUAAACCAUCAGAGGAAUUCAGUGGAUACCUCUACAAAGCUCAAGGAGUGGUGGAGGAUGUUACUAACAGAAUAGUGGAUCAUAUUCGCCCUGGACCUUAUAGGAUAGACUGGGACAGCCUAAUGACUUCAAUGGACAUCAUGGAAACAUUUGAAGAGAACUGCUGUGUGAUGCGCUAUACAACUGCUGGUCAGCUCUGGAACAUCAUAGCACCAAGAGAGUUUGUGGAUUUCUCUUACACUACAAACUAUGAAGAUGGUCUUCUAACAUGUGGCAUAAGCCUGGACUACGGAGACGUGAGACCAAACUUUGUCCGUGGAUUCAAUCACCCUUGUGGCUGGUUCUGUGUCCCUCUCAAGGACUCUCCUGGCCACAGUCUUUUGACAGGCUACAUCCAGACUGAACUGCGAGGGAUGCUACCACAGUCUGCAGUAGACACUGCCAUGUCUAGUACCCUGGCCAAUUUCUACUCUGACCUCAAAAAGGCACUCAAAACAUAGACAAACAGUGACUUAAAAGCCAAUGAAUUCCUUGCAAUCAGAUUGUAUUGUUUAGCUUAGCAUAAGUUAUGUCCUAAAUUGAGGUAACACACUUCCCAAAUGACACCUGAACCUUUGUGUUGAGGAUCCAAACAACUUUAGCAAGUGCUUUUUGAUGUGACAAUUGGCAUAUAUUCCCAGUGCAUAGUGGAAGAUGCUUUCUGCAUCUCAACACUCUGCACCUUUGUGAGGAAUAGCCUGAAUCUCUACUGAAUCUUUCCUCAGUAGAAAGCACAAGAUGUGUGUGUGGGCUUGAAAAAUGCAGUGUGAGCUCAGCUCUCUCCAGCAGUUUUGGGAGCCAGGUGCUUAAGAUUUUGAUGGUGCAGGUUGCUGUACAGGCAGCAUCUCAUUGAAGGUGUAAUUUUAUAAUAUAUAUAUAUUUAUAUUUGCCUAUUUUUUUUUAAAGUUUGUUCAGCUGCAACUGUAAUUUGUUUUUAAAAUUUACUUUGAUUUAUCACUUGGAUAUUAUAUAGCUAAGUUGUUAAAUUAUACUAUUCAUAAGAAAGCUAUUUGUACUUGAAAGCAAAAAUAAGUGUUCAUUAUUGGCAUUUCUUCGAUAUUGUAACUGUAACUUCUUUACUGUUGUACAUAACAGUCUCAGUGCAUAAAGAAAUGCCCUUACAGCUGAUCCAAAGCUCAUUUAGGUCAUAAGGUGACUUUCCAUAGGUUUUUUUUGUGGGCUUUUAAUCACACAAUUGUGAAGAUAGCAAACCUCCAAUGGAUCUUCUGUGAUACCCUGUACUUCUAAGGACUUACUAAUUUAAAUUUGCAUGUAAUAGUGUGUGUGGGGAUUUCAUUUGGUUGUGUUUUUGUGGGGUUUUCUUUCUGUGUAUAUUUCCUUAACUGCAAACCCUGGAAUUACAAAAGCAACAGAAAGAGCCACUCAUUUGCUUCAGGGAUUGGCAUUGCUGUAGCCACAACUGGACAGACUUGCCAGUGUUGUGGUGCUGUGGAAUGUUCUGUGGUACUGCCCCUAGAUUGAUCUUUGCAAUAAACUAACAUCUUAAAACAUGAACGACUGAAGGCCAAAGCUCAACUGCAGAAUUGCUGAGAUCUGCUGAAGGAUACAGGGUCUAUUUUUAGGAUGCAAAUUUCAAGGAUAUUCAGCAAUCUAGUGAUUCUGACAGAUACAUUGCAGAGCAUUAAAAAAAUAACACUUUCCCUGCUAGGAACAUGAAUUCUCUCUAAAAUCUGAUGUUUAGCCUUUAAUGUUAGUAUGUGUCAUUUGCUCAGGUGACAGUGUAGUUAUCCCCCAUGUUUAGCCAGUGGUAAGUUUGACUGUGUACGAGUUUAGGAAGGUGUCUUGGAUCCCUGAUAUUGUGGAGCCAGUUGUAUACAUACAAUCCAGGGACAGGUAAGGGACUUCCAAAAAACCAAAAAUUCAGAUGAAAGUCCCCAGCAAUGUUGGCUUUUUUGACACUGGCCACUGUAACUGAACUCUGAAUAGUGACAACUUUCCUUUUUCGUUGCUCAACCAGAAAGGUUGAAAAUACAUAAUACCAAAUAUAGUGGGUGCUUCUUCAACCUGCUUCAUGUUUUAAGGUAUUUAGUACUAUUUAAGACUGUUAAAAACAAUGCAUCAAACAGCCUCUGAUGUCUUCAUGGUCAGAAAAUAUUAACUCCUUGUUAGGUUUAGUGUAUUCUGCCUUGCCCUUUAAAUACCUCAAUUAGUCUUCCCACUUUUUUUCUAUCUUCCUUGUGUCUGCCAAAGUACUGCAAGCUCACAAGGUGAUCUUUUACCACCAAGGACACCAAGGAAUUGCUGCCAGAAUCCUCUCCUUUCUAGUACUGGUACAGAGGCAAUUAUGAAAUCUCUGGCAGUGCUGCUCCAUGGGAUGAAUGAUGACAUGAUUGUAGAGGAAACUUUUGAAGUGUAUCCUAUUUUUUCUUCCCAGUUACAAAGAUUACAUGUGCAGUGAAUCUGCAUAUUCAUGCCUUCUUUUUUUGGAGCUGCUGGGACUGACUAAUGGAGGGGCUGUGAUACAGAUGUACAUAGAGAAAAAUAUUGCCCAGUUUAAAUCUGCACAGAGGUACUUCAGUGCUGGAGAAAUGGGUCGGAAGGAGCACAAGACACUUACAGAAGGAUGUUUAUACAACAGCAGGCACUGAAGAAGUAAUUAUUCCAAACACCCAUUUUAGUGGCUCUGACACAUACACAGUAUCUAUCCAUAUUUAGUAUCCAGUGAAAUGGCUUUUUCUGCUUUUAGUAGAGACAGGUUGGUGAAGCACAGUGCAGCUGAAGAAAGAAGAACUUGAGCUAAAAUAAGAAAAUUGCUAGUGUAUUUUUUAUAUUGAUACUCCUAAUAAAAAUUUCAGCUAUAGACUAAUACGGAACUAGAAAGAAGAUGUCCAAUGUCAAAUGUAUUUAUUUGAACCUGAAAUUUAUAUUAUUUUUAUAUAGCUAUAGAUGGAGAGGGAAGGAGAACUGUUCUUUAACCAGAACAGUUUACAUCAGAACCAAGAAAGCCACAAUAUCAGAGCCUCUUCUCCCAUUCUUGCAUUCUCCUCCAUGUUUUGCUUAUGCAGAAGAAAUGGGAGACAAAGUAAAUGCUUAGUAUAGAUUUCUAUCACUUAGGAAUAUAGUUAUCCAGAAGUGACUUCUGAACAAAUUGCCCAAGAAUAGCAGAGGUCUGGUUUUGCUAGACAAAUAACAUGUAUAUAGACACAUCAAAAUUAUUUUUAUAUGGCUAAUAAUUUUUUUUUAAACUUAAUUUUUAAAGAUUUGGGCAAUGUGACACUUUACACUUUGGCACUUUAACUAGGUGCUUUGUAUGUGUGUGGGAAAGAUGACUGAAGAUAAGACAAUUUUCAUGUUUGAGUUCUGUUGUUCCUCGUCUAAAACCUCCAGCAUUAAACCUGCCUGUGAUGUGCAGAAGAUGCAGAGCAGGGAUUAAGCUCAAUUUAGAGGCAGUCAAAGUACUCUACCAAAUCUGGCUGGGAGGUGGACUGGUACUUCAGAGAGAUAUUCUGUGCACAGGCCCUGAUCUCAAAUUUGAUGAAUUUAUAAAUGUGAAACAUGAUGAACUUAUAAAACACAGAAUAUAUAAUUCCCCCAGUAAUCAUAAGUAGCCAGAACAGUUUUGAUGGUAUAGCCUGGUUGGUUAACCUAGGAGGUUCACUGUUGGAAAAAUAGCCCUAAUUCUAAAGAAAUCACUCAAGUUGUGCCUGUCAAAGUCAAAGUCUGUUUUAACAGUGGGUUUAACUUUGUUCAGCAUUUAAGCAAUUGUAUUUUGAGUGCAACUGCAGAAUAAAGAAUGGAUUCCAA